AUGACUACCACGAUAGGUUCCCCACAGAUGCUGGCUAAUGAGGAGAGACUUUCUAACGAGAUGCAUGCGCUGAAGAACCACUCCGAGCAGAAUGGGCAAGAGCAACGGGGUCCUGUUAAAAACACCCAACUGCAUAGCCCUUCAGCAACCGUUCCAGAAAUCACAGGUCCUCAAAAAGAGUCCUUGGAAAUAGUACCGAAAAAUACAAGUGCAGCAACCACAAUAAGUGUGCCUCCGCCAGCGUUGCCCCAUGUUGAGAUUAAUCAGGUCAGUCUGGCGUUGGUAAUAAGGAACUUAACAGUGUUUACUAUGAAGGAACUUGCUCAAUACAUGAAAACCAACGUACACACUCAGACAAACGAGCCCAACUCUGCAAAGAAAAUACGGUUCUUACAACUGAUUAUAUUCUUGAGGACACAAUUUUUGAAACUGUACGUGCUUGUGAAAUGGACUCGUACAAUAAAACAAAAUAAUUUUCAUGUGUUAAUCGAUCUGUUGAACUGGUUUAGGAUGACGAACAUGAACGUUAAUAAUUGUAUCUGGGCUUUGAAAAGUAGCCUGAACUCUAUGACUAAUGCUAAGUUACCCAAUGUGGAUUUGGUCACUGCUUUAGAGGUCUUGAGUCUUGGAAGGCCUAAUUUACCCACACACAACUUCAAAUUAAGCGGUGGCAGCGAUUCCAUAGAUAUGGUGGAUGGGAUGGCCAAAGUCCCCAUAGGGUUGAUUUUACGGAGAUUAAAAGAUUUGAAUUUGGCUGUCUCGAUAAAAAUUGCAUUAAUGAACAUUCCUAAGUCAUUAAAUAACUAUCGUAUCAAGAAUGGUAGAAUACACUUUACUGUUGCUAAUGAAUUUGAAAUACAGUUGUCAACUGUUAACAGACAGUCCCCUCUGUUUUUUGUUGACUUGAAGCUAUUAUUUAACACAGAGGCUGAGCAGAGCGUUUCAACGGUAACGGCGGCUAACUCUCCCAGUGGAAAUAGGGAAAGCAAUGAUGAACAGUCAAAUUCUAACGGCAACAACUUACCUUUAAACAAACCAAGACUGGAAAAAUUGAUCAACGAAAUUCUUUUGAAAAGUAAUGAUCCACUGUUAUCUCUAUAUAACUUCUUACACAAAUACGUGUUGACAUUACAGUUAUACAUGGUUCAUAGAGAAUUUUUAAAACUGGCCAAUGGCGGCAAGUUUUCAAAAAGUAAUUUGAUCCAUAACUAUGAUUCUAAAAAGAGUAUUAUCACAGUUAGAUAUUGGCUGAAUGGUAAGAUGGACAGCAAGGGUAAGAUCACUAUUGGUAUUCAAAAGACAACAGAAAGUCUUAUUUUGAAAUGGGACAACCAGAGUGCAUCAAGGGCCAAAAAUAUGCCUGUAAUUUAUAAUAAUAUUGUAUCGAAUAUCGAAGGGAUUUUAGACGAAAUUAUGUUCAACCAUGCAAGGAUUAUCAGAUCGGAGUUGUUAGCAAGGGAUAUAUUUCAAGAAGACGAAGAAAACCCGGAUGUUUUAUUGUUUCAACUUCCCACAACAUGUGUCUCGAUGGCACCAAUUCAACUAAAAAUUGAUUUGUUGAGUGGGCAAUUUUACUUUAGAAAUCCGACUCCGCUUUUAUUGAAGUACGCCUCAAAGGUUAAUAGAGCUGAGAACCCAGAGGAAUUGGCGAGAAUACUACAGCAGUUAAAGUUAGACAAGAUUAUCCACGUUCUAACUACCAUGUUCGAAAAUACGGGAUGGUCAUGUAGCAAGAUUAUUAAAAUCAAUAGGCUUAUUAGGACUCAUGUGAACACUGAAGGCGACGGCAUUGUCAAGAAAGAAAGUGACAACACUGCUACUAACGAUGUUUCGUUGUUAUUACAAAGAGAUUUAUUCAUCAGGCUACCACACUGGCCUCUCAAUUGGUAUCUAAUUCUGUCGAUAGUAUCUUCGAAAACAUCAUGCGUAGUGGAAAAAAGAAUUGGCAAAAUUAUCUCUCAACGUGGGAAAUGGAAUCUCAAAUAUUUAGACAAUUCUAACGUAAUGACUGUCAAGUUAGAGUCAAUAACCUAUCAAAAAAUUAUGAUAUUGCAGAGGACUAUUCUAAACAGAAUCAUAAACCACAUGUUGAUUGAUUCUUUGAACCAAUUAGAAAUUCGUAAUAAGAUUUGUUCUUCUGAAAUGAUCAACGACAAAAAACUACCUCAAUAUAUUAUUCAAGGAGAUAAUAUUAACGAUAACAUAUCGAUCAUAGCAUUAGAAUUAGAGUCAUUUCUGGAAGGUUCCAAAGCACUGAACUCCAUACUGGAGAGUUCCAUGUUUCUAAGGAUAGACUACUCUAACUCUCAAAUACGAUUGUAUGCUAAAUUCAAAAGAAACACAAUGAUGAUACAAUGCCAAAUUGAUAAACUAUACAUCCACUUUGUACAAAAAGAACCACUAGCCUUUUAUUUGGAGGAGAGUUUCACAAAUCUUGGCAUAAUUGUGCAGUACCUUACCAAAUUCAGGCAAAAGUUGAUGCAAUUGGUUGUAUUAACAGAUGUUGUGGAAAGAUUGCACAAAAAUUUUGAGUCCGAAAACUUCAAGAUAAUCGCGUUACAACCGAACGAAAUUUCGUUUAAGUAUCUCUCCAACAACGACGAGGAUGAUAAAGAUUGUACAAUAAAGAUAUUAACAAAUGACGAUUCUAUUAAAAAUUUGACGGUUCAACUCUCACCUUCUAAUCCACAACACAUAAUCCAGCCUUUCCUAGAUAAUUCGAAAAUGGAUUAUCAUUUUAUUUUUAGCUACUUACAAUUCACGUCAUCCUUGUUUAAAGCUUUAAAAGUAAUUCUCAAUGAAAGAGGGCGCGAAUUCCAUGACGAUGGAAGCGAAUACUCCACUAUGGUGAACAUUGGACUGCAUAAUCUAAACGAGUAUCAAAUAGUAUACUAUAACCCUCAGGCAGGCACUAAAAUCACAAUAUGUAUAGAAUUGAAAACUGUUUUGCAUAAUGGCCGUGAUAAAAUUCAAUUUCAUAUCCAUUUUGCAGAUGUGGCGCACAUAACCACGAAAUCUCCCGCUUAUCCAAUGAUGCAUCAAGUUAGGAAUCAAGUCUUCAUGCUGGAUACCAAGAGGCUGGGGACACCAGAAACUGUUAAACCUGCCUUUACAUCCCAUGCUAUUCGUCUGGGAAAUGGUGUUGCUUGUGACCCCAAUGAGAUAGAACCUAUCUUAAUGGAAAUUCAUAAUAUUCUCAAAGUGGACUCGAAUGCCAGUUCAUCUUAA